AGCGCGGGGAAGGGCGGGGGGUGGCGUCCUCGAGGAUGGCGGGCGGAAGUCCCUUUCCCUCAGAGCUCGGCGCCUGCGGGGCAUGGCGCGUGGCGCCUCUUGGCCUCCCCUGGAUCUACCUCCCAACAGUCCUGCGAGGGAUGAUACGAAGAAGCAGGGGAGCUUUCGGCUGUGAAAGAGAGAGUCCCUGCACUUGAAGGCCGCGGGCAGCCGCAGAGAUCCUUCAUUUACAGGACGUAACUGCUGAACCGUCACCAUGUUGAACAAGCCAGUUCUCAUGGAAUCGCUGGUCGUGUUUGCCAUCGUGCUAUGCGUGCACAGCGUGGUCUGGGACCGGUUUUCGUGGUCCACUCUCGUCCUUGCCGUCCAGGCCUUUUACAUCCAGUUUAAGUGGGAUCACCUCCUCCGCCUGGGCGGGGCAGUGUUCCAGUUCCGGACCACGGCCAACAGCGGCCUCCUGCCCUCCUGCAUGGUUAUUCCGCUGCUGGGGAUCGUGAUGAAGGAAAGGUGCCGAGCGACCGGCAUUGUGUAUUUUGAGCGCUUGGGCCUUAUCGUGGCCUCCACGGGCAUGAUCAUCGCCCUCUUUCUCUCAGUGAUCGCCUUGGGCGUUACCAGACCAGUGCCAACCAACACCUGCGUGCUUUCCGGGGUCGCUGGUACACUGAUCAUCUACACAAUGAAGCAUUCCUUGACUGUCUCCGAAGUAAUUGAAGUGCUGGAAGUGUUGCUCAUUUUUGUCUACCUCAGCAUGAUCCUGCUGUACCUCUUACCUCGGUGUUUCACCCCCGGGGAGGCCCUGCUGAUCCUCACAGGCCUCAGCUUCAUCCUCAAUCAGCUCAUCAAGCGCUCCCUGAAUGUCAGCGAGAACCGAGGGAGUCCUGUGGACUUCUUUCUCCUGGUUGUGGUGGUGGGCGUGGUCCUCCUGGGCCUCUCCUUCGCCGUUCUGUUUUUCUUCAUGGAUUCCGGGACCUGGAUCUCCUCCAUGUUUUUCCACAUGAUGACCGCGGUCCUGAGCCUUGGCGUCAUCAUGCCUUGGCUCUAUCGUCUGAUCCGGCGGAAUCCUUUGAUGUGGCUCUUCCAGUUCCUCUCCCAAACCCGGACCAGAGUUCACCUCCUUGCCUACUGGACGUUCCUGGCCACUUUGGCCUGUGCUGUGGUCCUCUGCCAAAACGUCAAGCGGUCCUCGGGUUCUAAAAAACACCAAGCUUCAACCAUCACCCGGAAAUACUUCCAUUUCCUCGUGGUGGCCACUUACAUUCCAGGGCUGAUCUACGACCGCCAGCUGCUGUACGUGGCUUCCGUCAUCUGCCUGGCUGUCUUCAUUCUUCUCGAGUACAUCCGCUAUUUCACAAUCAAGCCCUUCGGACACACGCUCAGGCAUUUGCUCUCGCUGUUCUUGGACGAGCGAGACAGCGGGCCUUUGAUCUUGACUCACAUCUACCUUCUCCUUGGGAUGUCCUUCCCAGUGUGGCUGUGGCCGAGACCGUGCGCCCCCAAAGGUACCUUGCCUGGGGCAGGAGCCUUGGCUCCCUACUCGGGGGUUCUGGCCGUGGGCAUUGGGGACUCGGUGGCCUCUAUCUUUGGGAGCACGGUGGGCGAAGUCAAAUGGCCAGGAACCAAGAAAACCUUUGAAGGAACAAUGUCAGCCAUAUUUGCACAAAUCAUUGCGGUGGCCCUGAUUGUGAUUUUCGACACUGCUGUGGAUCUUAAUGCCAGCUAUUCAUGGAUCUUGAUCUCUAUUACCCUGGUGUCGUUUUUAGAGGCCUACACCACCCAAGUGGACAAUUUACUCUUGCCUCUCUACCUCCAGAUACUGCUCAUGAUUUAGGGACCAUUUGGGGAUAAUAUUUCUCCUCUGGAGGGUAAUCAGAUACAUCUCUACUACGUUUCAUUGGUGUCUUUGCUCAGGGUGGCAAAAAGUGAUCGCACGGCACGUCCCUGUAAAUGAUUGCACGCUCAUUAUUUAAAACGGAAAUAUAAUGUG